UUUAGGACAAACAAGACAAAUUCAUUUUAAAUCAUUUCACCAUGCUGUAUAAAGUAACUUGUGAGAUGAGAUGGGGAUGGAAUUUGUUGAAUGAGUCAUUCAAACACACCAGACUGACUUUGAAACAUAUUUAUAUCUCUCCUUGGAUGUUAAAUUCAACAAAAAAAAAUCACAUUCCAACCAGAAAAGAGCCUAAAAGCUCUUCAUCUUUUUAUGUUCCUUAGAAAUCACAGAUAAAUUUAUACCUGAUUUCAGAAUCCCCCAACACACUCACAGAGCAAAAGCUUAGCUUGAUCUUCCUUCUUCAAUGGAUUCCAAACUGCACCUGUUUGUCGAAAAAAUUGAAGAUUUACCUGCGGAUAGCCAUGGCUGCAACAUGAUUGCAAAGGUGGAAUGGAGAGGAAGCCAAAGGAAAGCAGGAUUUUUGGCAAGAGAAUUUGAAAAGAGCUGUACAGGGGAACAGAAGGUGCAGGCAAAUGGCAGUGUGAGCUGGAAUGAAGGAUUUGAUUAUACUUGCAGGUUUAAGAGAGACAGGUCUGGAAUUUGUAAGAGUUGGAUCAUUGCCCUCCAUAUAGAGGUAAGAUAACCAUUGAUAUUUCAACCUUUUUUAUUAUUAUUUUUUUCAGCAUAUAAAUUUUGCUACUUUUUUAAAUCCCUAUGGUGCCCCUUUUUAGGCUAAAUUCUGGGAGAAAUAAAAUUUGAGAGAUUUGCACCAUCUAUCAUGCCAAAUAAUUUUCAGGAUUUACUUAAAUCCUACUUGUGGUCAACCAGUGCCUUACAGUGUUUCUGUUUGUCUUAACAGCAAGUUCAAGAAAAAGCAAGAGAAAAGAAGAAAACUAUAGGCAAAGCAAAGGUGGAUGUCGCUGAAUUAAUCCAAUUUGAGAACAAUAAAACCAUCAAAAUUGCAAUCAACCGCCGCUCCAUUGGGCAUAUUGCUGAGACGAUGCUAACGGUCAAACUGCAGCUUGUCAAACUAGAAUCAAAAGAUAAAAGUCAAGUAGCCCUUACUCGAGCUCUCAGUCCAUACCCCUUCUUCUUCAAACCUAAACCAUACUCUACCAGAAAAUUUCAAAGCUUCAAUCUUUCCCACAACCAAUCCAUAAAUCUACCAGAAACAGAUGCCACAUCUCAUGACAAUGAAUCUAGAGCAGAUUCGCUGACGAAGCAAAAGCGAAGCUCUAUGCUACUUUGUUUGAGCACAACAAAGCGAAGCAACAAAGGAAUAAGACACACCAAAGGAUGUGCCAAAGAUGAGGAUGAUAUUGACGAUUAUCUCCGCCGCCAAUCAUGUGUUCACUUCCUAACAGCAUUCAAGAAAACAAAAGUGAGACCAGAGGAAAAUUUCAAACCUGGUAAGUGGGAGAGGAAAAAAUUAGUUAGCAGAGAUGAAAAAAUCGAACUUGUGACCGAUGUUUUUCUUGCAUCCAUUGAUCAGUGCAGUAAAAAGGCUGCGGGUGGCAGUGCUUGCACUGUUCUUGCAGCAAUCAUUGCAGACUGGUUGCAUAAAAAUCCAGAGUCUCUACCAUUGCAAAACCAGUUUGAUGAACUGGUACUCAAAGGAUCAUUGGAAUGGAGGAAUCUAUGUGGUGAAGAGAAUCACAAGGCAAAGUUUUCAGACAAGCAUUUUGAUCUCGACACAGUUUUGGAAGCGAAAGUCAGGUCAUUGAUGGUAGCCACGGAGAAGUCAUAUGUGGGUUUCUUUAGUAUGGAUGAAAUGCCUGAAGGUUUUGAUUGGUUGCAAGGAGAGAUGUGUUUUGACAACAUAUGGAAUAACAUACUAUGUGUGGAUGAGACAGACGAAAGAAUAUAUAUUGUAAGUUGGAACGACCAUUUCUUCGUUCUAAAGGUAGAAAGGGAAGCCAUUUAUCUGCUUGACACAUUGGGAGGGAGGUUAGCAGAGGGAUGCAAACGAGCAUACAUUUUAAAGUUUGAUGCAGAGAGUGCAAUUUACAGGCGUGGUGAGGAUGGGAAGGAAAGCAGAAAUUCUCAGGAUUUGGUCAGUGAAGGAAUUGGCUGUUGUAAGGAAUAUAUUAAGGGAUUCCUCUCAGCAAUUCCACUUAGAGAACUCCAAAAGGAUAUUAAGAGAGGACAGGUGAAACAGGAGCUUCUGCACCGCCUGCUGCAAAUAGACUUCCACUGCACCACUCCUUGCAGCAGCAGGAACAGCUGAAACUGAUGAAGCAGAAGGAUGGGAAAAAUAUCAUAAAUUGUUUUGGUAUUCAUCUUCACUAACCAUAUCUUUAAAGUUUUGUGGCUUGGCUUUGUUAAUUCUUCUUAAUUAGUUCCUCC